UUGUGGGGCGCGCACGCGUGUGUUGUAGAGUUUAGAUGCGCGGAUAAGAGACGUGGCGGGAAUGUUGGUGUGACGCGCGCUUGGUGAUAUGUCGUUGAACGCUUCGAGCGCGCGCGUCUCGCUGUCCAGUGCUGAAGCGCGUUUGUUCGUCCGUCUGUCGCGUUGGGAGUCACACAGUAACGACAUGCGUGUACAUGACAGAGAGACAGCCGAGAUGGAGAGAGAGAGAGAUAUAGACACACACACACACACACACACAGACAAACAGACAGAGAGCGAGAGACAUGAGUAUGUCCGUUGCGCUCGAGCAAACGGUCUGUCGCUCUCUCUCUUGUUCGCUGUUAUGAAACCUGUAGCUCUCUCUCUCUCUCUCUCUCUCUCUCUCUCUCUCUCUGUGUGUGUGUGCAUAGAAUGGUUUGCAUGCAAAUACAGUUGUCAGGAUCAAUGUGGUCUAUUCUCUCUCUCUUUUGAAAUGUGUGCGCGGUUUACUGUCCUAUACUGUAAUGUCUUCUUACUGUAACAGGUGGUCAGCUGCAGUUUUACUGAAUGAGACUUUAAAGAUCUUGAAAUGAGACAUUCGUUGAAUUUGGCGCUGUACGGUCGACUGGAGCUGCUGAAUGAUCUGUGUUCAGUAGGGCAGUGGGCGAGUGUGCGUGUGUGGACUGCAGUACUGCUGUUGUUAGCGUCAGGUCGUGUAGGGUUUUAUUCUUCUGUAUCUCUCAGCUGUCGCGAGCUCUCGAGAACACUUGCGUGUCUUUCUUCUUGAAUUAUACACUGCUGUUAUUUUGCCGCCUGCUUCACUAAUUGUGCCAUGACGUAUUCACUAAUGCAUGUACCCUGAUGAACAUCUUACCUGCUCGAGUGCCACGUCUGGAGGGUUGAAACACGCCAGUUACACGUGUCGCAUGACCCCUGAGGUUACACAGACAAGAGCAACACAACCUGUGAUCACACCAGCAGGAUGUGUGUGCGCGUAAAUGUUGAGGACAACAGCGACAUGUUACCUAAAUCUAGACGAGCUCUUACCAUUCAAGAGAUCGCAGCGCUAGCUAGAUCUUCACUUCACGGUAUCUCCCAGGUGGUCAAGGAUCAUGUGACAAAACCCACGGCGAUGGCGCAGGGGCGUGUGGCACACCUGAUCGAGUGGAAGGGCUGGUGUAAACCCACAGACACGCCCAGCGCUCUCGAAUCUCACCUCACGUCCUACUCGCAUCUGUCUGAGGGAGAACAGGAAGCGCGAUUUGCUGCAGGGGUGGCGGAGCAGUUUGCCAUCGCCGAGGCCAAACUUCGUGCCUGGUCUUCAGUGGACGGUGAUGAAUCUAAUGACGAUUCUUACGAUGAAGAUUUUCUGCCUGCGAAUGAGCCGCUCACACAGAGUACAGAUCUGUUCUCGUACCCUCACUACCUGCGGGAUCUUAUACACUCUCAGGUGUGUCAGAAUCGCCUGCGGGGUCGAGGCCUGUGCGAGGUGGAGAGCGGCGUCGGGGCUGACCUUUCACCUCCGGCGGGGUCGCCGGGGUCACCGUCGGACACGCUCUGCUCUAGCAUGUGCAGCCUGGACGAUAGACACCCCCUGCUGCGGGACCUCGGACGUCAUCGGGACACCCCCGCCGCCGACCUCGCAGCCAAGAUCCUCAGCGCGCUUCAGGGAGGGGAGGAGCUGCUGCUGGCCCGCCUCCAGAGGGCGUGCCACAGACGAGGCCACUCCCCAUGUUGCUUGGCGACGUAUUCGGAGACUUUCGAAGACGAUGAGGCGCCGUGUAAGGAUUGCGGAGGCGGAGUCUGCCUCCCUCCGGAAUAUUCCGCCCGCAGGAAGGUGUCGGACGUGACCUCAUCUGGCGUGGUGUCGCUCGACGAGGAAGACGCCGACGAAGAGGACGAGAGAGAAGAACAGUGACCAAUCAUCUCUCAGUUUGACUCUGCAUGUUUCAUUUGGACUUGGCAUUUGGGUCUCCGCUCAUUGGGUUGCGGGCGCUCUUCGCUCUCUUUGAUCUCGUGUUUCUUUACCACAUGGUGAAAAAUACUGAAGGUAAUCUCAGACCCAACAUGGACAGAUUUACACGGGAGGAAGGAAAGACUGACGUGAACUCAUUAUCUCUGCAUGUCUUGCAAGUGCCGAAGUCUGAAUAUGAAGUCUUAAUCGUUUGGAUCUGGACGUCCAGUUGUUUCGCACGGUUUGUGGAUUUGGCUGUUGUUUAAUCUCGCUCCCUAUAUGAUGUCACGCCCCAUUGCAUUCUGGGUCUCGAUGACAUGACGCCUGUUGCAUCUUUCGGGCAUGGCUUGCUGAAUACGGGAAUGCUGAAUGUUUCUACGCUGACAGAGAGAACACAGAACACAGAUCUGACUUUUCCUUAAAUUAUUACUAUAAUUAUUCUUAACAUGAUAACUGUUUCAACUCUUGGUACUCAAUGGAUUGUUUGAUUUUCCCUCGUCAUGAUUUGUUUUAUUUGGUGAAUCUCUCCAGAGCAUUACUGUCCUGAACACAAUGAAUGUGUAGGAGUUGAUUCAGUGUCGUGAGACGGAUGGUUAAGACGAAGCUCGGUGUCCGUGGGCCUUUCUGAGAGUCGCUCUAUUUUUGUACUGUGUGUGUGUUUGUUUAUUGCUUUACUUCUCUAUUUCUGUCCCUGAAUUAUCACUGUGUGAUAUUGUCGACAUCAGGAAAAACAACGCUAAUGUUAAAACAAAUGCACCUUUUGCUUUCUUAUUUGUCUCUGGAGAGAGAGGAUGGGUUUAAUAUUGCGACUGUCAUCCGCUCUCAUUUUUCACCUUGCGUUCUGUAAAUGUCAAGCUCUCUCUCUCUCUCUCUCUUUCUCUCAGAGCCACUUUCCUUCUCCAGCAUUCUCUUGUUUCCAUGGAGAUCCAUGAUUCAUAAAGUAAUUGUUGGUCUAGUCAAUCAAAAAUUUUUGACAACCCCCCUCGCACAAACACACACGUAAUUGUCUGCUUUUCUCCUGGACAGAAGUGCAGUGUAUGUGUUGUGUGUGCGUGUUUUUAUAUGAUUCGUUCACACGCAAAUUCAAUAAAUUUUGGUCAUUUGCGCGUUCUCACGUCAUUGUUUUUAAAAGAAAAAGAAAAAUGUCUGUACGAUAACAUUUGUGUGACAAACAAACUGAAAAAUAAGUCAUCGUUCGCUGUUUCUUUAAUGGUUACUCAGGGUCAUGAAAUCCCCCGUCAGCAUUAAAGCACACACACACACAAACACACACAAUGACGUCAGCUCUUCAGUCAAUCAGAUGUUUAUAUUGUAAACUGUAAUUCUUUUGAUGAUAACACACCUAUGACAGAGAAAGUUCUGGGAUCAAACUGUCUUUCCCUCCUCCAUUUAAACCCAUUACAUCACUUCUCCUUUACAGCCCCGUCACUUCCCGUCUCAGCCUCAUUUAGCGUUUCCAUGGCAACAGCAGUUGUACAGAGUGAACCCAGAUUCUAUUAGAAUAUUAUCAGUUUUUAAGUAUAUUUCUUACGUCCGUGCGAAUGAGGACUCUCUCUCUUUCUCUCUCUCUCUCUCUCUCUCUCUCUCUCUCUCUCUUUCUCUCUCUCUCUCUCUCUCUCUCUCUCUCUCUCUCUCUCUCUCUCUCUCUCUUUCUCUCUCUUUCUCUCUCUCUCUCUCUCUCUCUCUCUCUCUCUCUCUCUCUCUCUCUCUCUCUCUCUCUCUCUUUCUCACUCUCUCUCUCUCUCUCUCUCUCUCUUUCUCUCUCUCUCUCUCUCUCUCUCUCUCUCUUUCUCUCUCUCUCUCUCUCUCUCUCUCUCUUUCUCUCUCUCUCACUGCAUGAGUGAGUUACGUAACGCGGGAUGUUUCAUAUGCCAACAGGCUUUCGCUGUCUAUGAUUCAUCUCUUGGACACAACAAGUGUCAUGUUUUUCAUUUCGUCCUACAUGCGUGCUUUCCCUCACUUAUUUCUUCUUUCAGCUUCUUUCGCUGUUUGAUGUUUCUGCAUGCGUCCCUCUACCCCCCGAGCACAUGUUAUUUUCUCUUUUAAAGCAACAGUUCACCCAAAAAUGAUUGAUUUCUAUAAACCUGUAUGAAUUACUUAGCUCUGCUGAACACAAAGGAAGAUAUGUGUAAGAAUGUCAGUGACCAAACAGACCUAAUCCCCCGUUGACUCCCAUAGUAUUUAUUUAUUACUACUAUGGGAGUCAAUCAGGGAUUAGAUCUGAUUUGUUCCUGACAUUCUUCCAAAUAUCUUCCUUGUGUUCAGCAAAAUAAAAAAAUGUGUGCAGGUUUAUAACUACCUUUUGGGUGAACUUUAGCUUUAAGGUUAGAUGCUAUAAAAAGCUCCUAAAGGACACUGGGUAUCACAUCUUGCUCUGAUUGGUCAGAUUCGGCCUAUUGUGUACAUUCCCCCGUCCAAUCACAUCAAUAGAUUUUAAAGGGUGCAAAGGCCCCCUACUGCGGUCACUUCCCCCGGAGCAGAGACGACAUUGAGAGCUCUCUCUUGCUGUAUGUGUGUGUCUCUAUAAAUAGACAAACAUUGACCCCUCUGAAAUCGUGUGUGUGUGUGUGUGUGUGUUGGGGAAGGAGUGUGUUAAACGCACAUUUGUCUCACUCCACUGUCACACUUUUAAUUAUUCUGUUCAUGGCUCUCCAGUUGACACUCGUGAAGUCUCGCUUAAUUAAACCGUGUUCAUUCCCAUGAUGAUGACAUGUACCUGCACACACACGCACACACACACGGACAUAUAUGUUCUCUAUUUCUACUUUCAAUUUCUACUCUAUUCUUUCUGGUUUAUGAAUAUUUGACUGCUGGUUAUUUUGAUAUCAGAGUGUUUGUUUGUGCAUCUUGUUUGUUUGGGUUCUAAAUAAAAUUGGUUCAUGUUGUUUGUAAAGAUGGAGUGUGUGGAUUCUUCAUCACCGUGACUGAUGUCUCUCAUUUACAUCAGGAAUAAAGUCAAACAUCACUCUUAAUCCUGCUCAUGGGAUUAAAGGGUUUACAUAACCAAAAAGUUAUUUCUUUAUAAUAAAGGGAUGC